AUGCAUGACCUGAAUGAUGCGUUAGAUGAGCUGCGCCAGUGCCUUCCGUAUUCGCAUCGCUCCGGAUCCAGAAAAAUGUCCAAAAUCAACACACUGCUUCUGGCCAGCAACUGGAUCAAGCAUCUGACGAAUGCGAACAGUGAGCUGCGUCGACAACUGGAUGAACUUCGCGAAAGGGUAUCCGAUGGAGCGGCGCCAGUGCCCCGAGGAGCCAUGCUGUCAUUGUUCAGGAUCAAGCAUCUGACGAAUGCGAACAGUGAGCUGCGUCGCCAACUGGAUGAACUUCGCGAAAGGGUAUCCGAUGGAGCGGCGCCAGUGCCCCGAGGAGCCAUGGUUCCGGUGAGUCAGCUGAGGCCACCGCCACCGGCGCCGAAUGCUUUAGCGUCCCUGGAACUGCUCAGGCCACCAGUUCUACCGUUUAAGCUCGUCCCUGAAACACCGAAACCCCUGCUGAGGCUCUCGGUACCAGUGCCAGCAGCACCAACAGCAUCUGUGCCAGUUCCAGUGCCAGCACAAGCUUGUGUCAAAUCCAUCAACGGCUUUUGCUUUUGCGUGAAUUGUCUCAUUGCCAACACUUGCCUGGGGAGUAAUAAAUAA